AUGCAACUCCUUGCCACAGCCGUCCUUUCGUCCAUCGUGCUAGGACGGGCAUUGGCUCAAGAUGCGAGUUCCAAAGAAGAUGUGGUGACGAUCUUCUGGCCCAAGGCUGACACCACCGCCGUAGACUGGGUCGAGGAGGCCAGUACGAUCGGUGCCGAAGCGCUUUCCACCGACGCUGAGGGAUACACCCACUACGCCGUUUCCCGAGUUGUAACACAAGGUGUGGCGAAUGGCCAUACAUAUCUCUCUGAACCUACGACCGCAACCUGUACGACCGCAACCUACACGUUCCGAGCGGAUGCCUCGCGCUACCACGCCGACGAACCGCUCAACCUAGUGCAGCCGACUAACGAUGCUGGCGACCUUGGCCUCGUUCCCGUCGAGGGUGGACGAUCGAUAACAGAGUGCGUCACGCAGGAGGAUGACACGAUUGUUUGCUCCGUCAGGGUGGAGAUCCCCGAACCGUCGGCUCGAACGGAUUUCCUCACCUUCACGGGGGAGAAGGGGCCUUUGUAUACGAUUGUAGCGUUGGGUGCUAAGAAGGGUGGGGAUGAUGAUGGUGAUGAUGAUUCUGGGACGUCGGCGCUGAGGUUGGGAGGUGCGCUUGUUUGGUUGGGUGUUGUUGCUGGAGGGAUGGCGGUUUCGGUCUAUUAA